AUGAAUUGGCUAGCUGUGCUUUCCCUGUAUAUUUCACUGGGGGGACUUCAUUCCACUCUCGGGGUUGCCGGGGCAGCACUGGGAGGGAGGGAAUUCGCUGCAGUGCCCGCUGACACCAAAGAGCACAGCUCCUUUGCAGAAAACUCCGGCGAAUACCACAUUUUGACGCGCCGCGAAGUGGCUGCACCGCCUCAAAAGGACAUUUUAGGGUCACCCUGGGCUGCCCACGACAAGCAGAAGUGGGCAAGCAAGAAUAAAGCCGGAAACGCCAACAAAAACUCGGCCACAGAAUACUCCUAUUCCCUUAUUGGCGUGCCCGAUGUAGAGGGCAGCGAGCAGAUAGCCACGAGAAGCGAAAGUGGGGGGGCUCCAGCAGGGGAUUCUCGACUCAGCGUGGGGGAGCUUUCUGAAAAAAAACAAGAAGGACAGAAUCUGGUGUUGCUAGAUGACCCGCUGUACCCGCUGCUGUUUUUGCCGAAGGCCCCGCGCGUGUUGGGCGCGAAGGUCUUCGUCGUCGGGCUGCUAUUUCUUUUGCUUUCAGUUUGGAUUUCUUACGAAAGAGAUGAAUCUGUGACUGGAGGCCCCGCCCAUGUGCUCGCCAGAUUCGCAAAUCUUGACCGGGAAGAUAUUGCCUCCGUUGCAUCUACUCUGCUGGCAGUCUUGGGCAUUAUUUGUUUGUUUUCAGCUGUGUACAGACACUUCAGCAGCGUCCGGGAUCAGCAAAACUGGAUACGCAGGGCGGAAGAAGGCAUUGAAGCAACCUGGAGGCUGCAUCGGAACAGAGAGCAUAUUUUGGGACGCCACGGCAAUUCUCAGAUUUCUUUCGCCGACGCAGUUGAAGUUCAGCAAGAUUUAGGGGCUGAGGGAGGACAGAUGCCUGUGGAUGGCAAAAUGUGA